UUCUGUGCUCGCUCACUCUCUCUCUCGCUUUUGCUUUGCUCUGUGCUCAUCAGAUUCUCGUCUCUGCCGCCGUUGCCGCUCCCCUUUCUCUUCCCGCAUCGCUUCUCUUUACUCUUGUUCCUCUCAUUCCCUGUCUACUUCUUUUAUUUUUUUUUGUUUUUGUUUUAUUUUUGUUUACUAGUGUACUGAAGUUUCUUUCCAUGGAGCCCGCUCCAGCUUCCUUGAAAGACCAAGGCAAUGCCUGUUUCAAGGCCGGCAAUUAUCUCAAGGCCGCUGCUCUCUACACUCAGGCUAUCAAAUUAGACCCGGAAAAUCCUGCUCUCUACAGCAACCGAUCGGCUGCUUUUCUGAACUUGAUGAAGUUAACCAAGGCUCUCGCGGACGCAGAGACGACGAUAAAAUUGAAGCCCACUUGGGAGAAGGGUUUCUUCAGGAAAGGAAGUGCCUUGGAGGCUAUGGAACGCUAUGACGAGGCUUUGGCUACGUAUCGAGAAGCUUUGGCUCAAAACCCUAGCAGUUCUGAAGUUGCUACUAAAGUCAAAAGGCUAACCCAAAUAGUGCGAGAUAAAAAGCGAAGUCAGCAGGACAAGAAAGGAGUGGAGUCGAAUGGGUCUUCAGAUGUGUCUCAGCCUGAUGCCCAACGACUAGAUGGGGUUGUGGAUGGGGCACUUCCUCCAAGUACUUCAGAUGAAAUACGAAAAUUUGCCAAAGAAACUGUUGCAUUAGCCUUGAAAGAGUGGAAUGAUAAAAAUGGAACAGUAGAUGCUAAUGUCCGUUUGUGCCUGGGGAAAGAUGCGACUAAGGAAACUGUACCCAAUGUCGCUGUUGAAAAGGCAUUUGAAUCCCCCGACACUUUAAACAGUUGUGCGGGAUUCUUGCGACAGUAUGUUGUUGAAUCAUCCGCAACGGCUGCGUGCCUUAUUGUGGCAAAGAAGAGCAUUGCAUUUCCCCAGGUUUGGAAAGGAUCUGGAUCAAGGAAAUGGGUGCACGGAAAUAGCAAUGGGUUCUUCCUGCAAUUAGAGACUUCCACAUUUCGGCGGUUGUGGUUUGUCCCGAGCACAGUCGAGAAUGGCCGUAACACUUGCAGAAAUUUGGAGCCGCUGGAUGUCGACUCACACGCUGUUCUGCCUCCAUUGUUCAGAUAGUAGAACAUGAUCCUGAUGGGAUUAGUCUGUUUUUAUACAGCUUGUCUCAGAUACUUUUAAAAUGCUCUACAACUGCCAUCUGGGCAAUCAGAUCGAGGACACCCACUUGUACGGCACAUGUGCUCUUAAAUUUGGUUAGGUUUGUACCGGAUAACAUAGCAGUUUUUUUCUUUUCUUUUUGUAUCAGAAAAUUGAAUAAAAUAUUAUAUUUUUAUUUUUUACUAGAA